CCCCGUCCAGGUUUGUUUUCCAUGGCCGCCGGCGGACAGCCCGCGCGCAGGAUCCUGAAUUCCAGGAUUCAGCCUGGCUGUGAGUGGGAAUUGAAAAAGACAACCAAAGGCUGACUUGCUGAAGACAACUGUGAAAUAAAGUCAUUUCAUCUGAAAACAAAAAGAGAAGAGAAGAGAAGAAAAAUGAGUUGCUUUUGGGGCCAGGCAGCUGGGCUGGACACUGUGACUCCCCUUGGAGGGUGGACUGAGUAGCUCAGGCUGCUGUGAGCCAGACACCACAGGCCUUGGUGAGGACCUGAGCGCAGAUGCUGGGAGGAUAGCUUAAUGGUCGUGCACAAAAGACUUCAUCGCCUGAGGGUCAGAGUCGCCCCAGUUUCAUUUCUCAAGAAGCAAACUAAAUCACAACUGAGCAGUGCUGUGGUUAAAAAAAGAAGUGGACUGUUUACAAAGCCAGCGUAGACAUUUCCGUCGCAUUUGGAGAUAGUUUGGGCCAGAGGGAGACAGCAUCUUGGUUCCGCAAAAGCCUCUCCUGCCUGAGGCUCUGAGGUCCCGGGUUCAAUCCCCAGCACCAUCACCAGCCAGAGCUGAGCAGGGCUUUGGUGAAAAGAAGAAAAAAAAAAUCCUCAUAUGUAAAGAGCUGAAAAAAACAACAAGAAAGCCGGACUGUGGAGACAGCAGGAUGGUUCUGCAAAAAAGACUCCCCUGCCUGAGGCUCUGAGGUCCCAGGUUCAAUCCCCAGCACUACCACCCCCUAUACCAGGUUGAGCACACAGGCGAUGGUGUCCUUCGAAGACGUGACUGUGACCUUCAGCAGCGAGGAGUGGCAGAACCUGGACGGGGCCCAGAGGAGCCUGUACAUGGACGUGAUGCUGGAGACCUACAGCAGCCUGGUGUCACUCGGGCCCAGUCUUACCAAGCCCGUGGUGAUCAUCAAGCUGGAGGAAGGAACUGAGUCCCAGCUCGUUGAAGAGCCCCCAAGUCAGAGCCUCUCAGAUGCCCUGCCCGUGGAUGGCCUAGCCAAGAAGGACCAGAAAAGUCAGGACAGACCACUGUGUCCCGUGGUGACCACCACCACCAUCAAAACCACCCCCGACAAAACUCUGGCCGAGGAGAAGGACGACUUGGGAAAGACCUUUAACCUGAUCUCGGCCUAUGUUUCCGACCUGUUCCUCAGCAACGGGAACAGCUCAGCAAUGGGGCCCGACGGGUCGCGCUUGUGGGAGAACGUGCCCUAUGACGGCAGUGCCGAAGAGGACCCCCAGGAAAACACGCCAGCCGCCCAUCCCUUCAUCUGUCCUGAGCCUCCCGCCUGCCCCCAGCCCACCCCGGCUCCGAAGCGGCCUCCCCGGUUGAGCGAGCGCUGGCCAGCCUUCCCCACGGAGGCGGCACCGAAGGCCCACGGCAGAGCCCUCACGGGAGAGUCGGGCCGCACCUUGAAGGACUACAGAGACGCCGCCGCCGACCAGCCCCUCCUCCUCCCCACCAACCCCGCCAAGCGGACUCGCCUCGGGGAGACCGAGUGCAGGUACAGCGAAUGGGGGGAGACCUUUCUCGAGAGCUCGGAGCGCUGGAACCUCUUCCAAGACUUGGAAGGCGCAGAGCAGAAAUGGAAUCCCGGCAGGAACGUCCUGAACAAGAAGCGCCACCUCCCGAGAAGCCAGUUAGCGGGGGAGACUCUAGAAUGUAACGUCUGUACCAAAACCCUCUCGAAGAUGUCCAGCCUGGCCGAGCACCAGGUCACGCACACGCACACGCACACACACGCGAUGGCCAACUCGUACCCGUUCCCCACCGCCUACGACAACUCGGCCGCCUUCUUCAGCAGGUACCCGGCCUUCGAGUACAACGACUAUCUCAAACCUUACCUCGUGGGGCCGGGUCUCUUUGUCUCCCAGAAAUCCCGCCCGGGCGCCAAGCCGUACGAGUGUCAGGAGUGCGGGAAGGCCUUCUCCCAGAAGACCAGCCUCAUCGUGCACCAGAGGACGCACACGGGCGAGAGGCCCUACCAGUGCAGAGAGUGCGGGAAAACCUUCGCCCAGCAGGCGGGCCUGAUCGUGCACCUGCGGAGCCACACCGGGGAGAGGCCGUACGGCUGCAAGGUGUGCGGGAAAAGCUUCUCGCAGAAGUCGGGCCUGACGGUCCACCUGCGGAGCCACACGGGGGAGAGGCCGUACGGCUGCCUGGAGUGCGGGAAGAGCUUCUCGCAGAAGGCCGGCCUCGUGGUCCACCUGCGGAGCCACACGGGGGAGAGGCCGUACGGCUGCCUCGAGUGCGGGAAGAGCUUCUCGCAGAAGGCCGGCCUCAUCGUGCACCGGCGGAUCCACACGGGGGAGAAGCUCUUCGAGUGUCGGGAGUGUAAGGAGUCCUUCUCGCAGAAGGCCGGCCUCCUGGUGCACCAGCGGGUCCACACCGGGGAGAAGCCCUACCAGUGCGCGGAGUGCAGCCAGGCCUUCUCCCAGAAGAUCGUCCUCGUCGUCCACCAGAGGAUCCACUCGGGUGACAAGCACUACGCCUGCCCCGUGUGCGGCAAGAUCUUCUUCCAGAAGAAAGGCUUCAACCGCCACCAGAAGAUCCACACGGGCGAGAGGCCCCACCGGUGCGCGGAGUGCCCCAAGACCUUCAUCCAGAAGUACGACCUGACCCGCCACCAGAAAACCCACCUGGGCGCGAAGCUCUUCCAGUGCGUGGAGUGCACGCGGACCUUCACCCAGAAGAUCGGCCUCACCAGACACCAGCGCACCCACGCGGGGGACAAGGCCUACGAGUGCGACCAGUGCGGCAGCACCUACUCCCACGAGUCCAUCCUGAUGGAGCACCGGAGGAUCACCGCCCACGCGCCCGGCCUCCCGGGCCUCGACCCAGGCCUCCAGACCUCGCUGAUGUUUGUGGCACCCACGGCGGAUGGAUGCCCCGUGGUGACCGUCAAGGGUGAGUGACAGACCGUCCACAGGACGUCCGCCCGUCCAGCUUCCCCACUCCUCCUCCCCCCCAGCGCACUGAAACUUCCAGAGACUCGCAGGGCCACGAACGAAGCUUCUGGAAGAACGUUCCAGAACAGGAGGUUCAAUGGAUUCUUCGGAUCUGGUUUUUGUCUGCCAGGGACUGGCCACAUGCGCCCACUCGACUCCUUAGCCCUUUCUGGAUUUUCAACCUCCUCCUCCUCCUCCGGUUACGUACGUCCGGAACUCCCAUACCUGACUUAACUCCCGCGCAGGAGAC